GGACGCUACUGAAAAUGAUCUACCCUGUCAUAUCCAUUCAAAGGAGGUAUGAUUGGAUGGACGACGGGCAACUGACAGCAGAAAUCAGGCUUUGACAUGCAUAUCCUGUGUUAAGUACAUAAAAGAGACGAAGAAAGAUGGAGACUUCCAAUCUAACACUUGCUCCAAGCUCCAGCCAUGCUAACAAGAGCAACCUUUUUCUAGACAGUCCAUUCACACCUGUUAAGUUUGUUCUCAUAGUUCUUGGACUGAGCACUCUAAGCCUGAUCACAAUUAUUGGCAAUAUUCUAGUCAUGCUCUCCAUCAAGGUCAACAGGAACCUCCAGACAGUCAACAACUACUUCCUGUUCAGUCUAGCAUGUGCAGACCUGUUCAUUGGAGUUUUCUCCAUGAAUCUCUACACAGUAUACAUUGUGAUUGGCCACUGGCCUUUAGGAACUUUGGUCUGUGACCUGUGGUUGGCUCUGGACUAUGUGGUGAGCAAUGCCUCUGUAAUGAACCUCCUCAUCAUCAGCUUUGACCGAUACUUCUGUGUCACCAAACCUCUCAGCUACCCAGUCAAAAGGACCCACAAAAUGGCAGGCAUGAUGAUUGCCGCUGCUUGGAUUCUGUCUUUUAUUCUCUGGGCUCCAGCCAUUCUGUUCUGGCAGUUCAUCACCGGGACCCGAACAGUGCCUGAGGGCGAGUGCUACAUCCAGUUCUUUUCCAAUGCAGUGGUCACAUUUGGCACUGCCAUUGCUGCAUUCUACCUACCAGUCGUCACUAUGACUAUACUGUACUGGCACAUCUCCAAAGCCAGCCGCAAUCGCGUCAGAAGCAGAGACAGCCAAAGAGGUCCUUCUGUCAGUAAUAAUGAACGUCAAGUUGUGCCCACAACUGAGGGCAGUGGGGAGAGGAAGUCAAUCCAAGAAGCAGAAGAAAUGGUUCCACGGAGGCAGAGUGCCUCUGACGCCACUACAGGAGAAGAGAGAGAAAGUGAGAAUGACUCUUUAUCUGGCAGUGUGCUUGGCUCCUCUAAUCAGAGGGAUGAGGAUGCCAUAUCUCCAAGCACUAAUAAUGACAACAAAAGCAGACAGACCCAGUCAGCCCCUCUAGCCAAAGAAAGUUGGGUCAAAUUUACUUGCUUCAGAUCGGCAUCCCAAAAGGACCUGGAAAACACCUAUAAGCCAAGCAAUGGCUGUCAGAACAUGAACAAUGGCAAGGAAAGGCUAAGUAUAGUGUCACAGAAAAUUCUCAUUUCACAUUAUCAGAAGAAGAGGAAGAAUUUAUCCUCUCGAGAGAAGAAAGUAACAAGGACCAUUAUGGCCAUUCUGGUGGCAUUUGCAGUCACAUGGACUCCCUACAAUGUCAUGGUACUCAUAAACACUUUUUGCUCAACCUGUAUUCCAAACACAAUGUGGAUCUUUGGCUACUGGCUCUGUUACAUAAACAGUACAGUUAACCCAGCUUGCUAUGCCCUGUGUAAUGUCACCUUUAAGAACACCUUUAAACAGCUUCUGACAUGCAAGUACAGAAAUAUUCAAAGAAGAAAACAUUGAACCUAGGUUUGAAAAACUAAAACAAGGCGAGUAUAGAGCAAAAUGGGAUAUUUAUGUUACGAAACUUUGUUUGUGAUUAAAAGUUUUUUAUGCUAUGAAGUAUUAAUAAUUUUCUUUGUUCCUUCCAAACUUGUUGCCAGGACUUUAUUAUUUUUUGCAAAUGCUUUUAUUCCAAACGAGAAUGACUGUCCUAAUGACAGUAAAGCAGUAUGACUCAGUCACCAUUCACUCUCAUUGUAUUGACAUUUUUUUUAAAAGAAAGUGAAUGAUGACUGAGAUUAACACUAUACAUUUUGUGCGUGUGUGUUCCACAGACGAGGGAAGGCCACAUAGGCUUGGAACAAUAUGAAGUUGAGUAAAUGAUGCCAUUAUUUUUGUAAUUAUUAUAUUAAUAUACUAAACUAUCUCUUUAACUGAGCUUAGGCCAUGUAAGUAAUUCAUUAUAUUUA